CUGUCUCAAAAAAAAAAAAAAAAAAGUUACAUUGGGCUGGGUGCGCUGGUGCAGCCUGUAAUCCCAGCACUUUGGGAGGCCGAGGCGGGCGGAUCUCUCGAGCCCAGGAGUUUGCGACAAGCCUGGCCAACAUAGUGAGACCCCCGUCUCUACAAAAAAUAGAAAAAAUUAGCCAGCUGCGGUAGUGAACGCCUGUAGUCCCAGCUACUUGGGACGCUGAGGCAGGAGGAUCACUUGAGCCCUGGAGGAGGAGGCGGCAGUGAGCUAUUUCUCACCCCUGCUAUAACGAGUUUGUCACAGGCUGUUUUAUAAGCCUGGAGCUCAGAAGCCCAAAGUGAGUUUUAGGAGGUUAAAAUCAAGGUGUUGGCAAGAGUAGUUCCUUCUGGAGGUUCCCAAGGAGAAUCUGCUGCUUUUCCUCUUCCAACUUCUAGAGGCCAUCUUCUUCCAUCUUCAAAACCUGCUGUCUCUGCAUAAGAACUCUCAUGAUUAUAUGCCGGCCGCCCAGACACCCCAGGAUAGCCUUCAUAUUUCAAUAUUCUUAAUAUUUGCAAAGUCCCUUUUGCCACGUAAGGUAACACCACAGGUUUGGAGAUUAGGAGGUGGACAUCUUUCAGGGCCAUUCUUAUUUUAAAAAAUGUACUGUCGAUAAGAAUAGUUAAAAUGUAAAAUAUUUGAAGGGAUUUAUUCUGAACUGAAUAUGAGUGACCGCGGCCAGUGACACAGCUCUCGGGAUCCUGGGAACGUGCCCAAGGUGGUUGGGGCAGCUUGGCUUUACACGUUUUAGAGAGACAUGAGGCAUUAAUGUAAUACAUUUAAGAUAUACGUUGGUUUGGUCCAGAAAGGCGGGACCAAACAAACAAAAAAAAGAUUGUUGAACAUGCUUCCCGAGCUCAGGCAUUAAGAACUCGUGACUGAUAGAAACGGAGGGUGUGUCCAAAGCUUUCAGGCCCGCCCAGCGGCGCUCUAAAACCUCUCCUCACAGCUUCGCCCCUUUUGCCUCAGCCACAACAAAUCAUUGUCAACCUGUUGCACCUUCUCCAGUCUGGUAGCAAAAAGGGGUGUCUCAGGCCACUCUUCACCUCCACCAUGAGCCUGGACAUCCGGAGCCUGGACAUCCAGUGUGAGGAGCUGAGCGACGCUAGAUGGGCCGAGCUCCUCCCGCUGCUCCAGCAGUGCCAAGUGGUCAGGCUGGACGACUGUGGCCUCACGGAAGCACGGUGCAAGGACAUCAGCUCUGCUCUCCGAGUCAACCCCACACUGGCAGAGCUGAACCUGCGCAGCAACGAGCUGGGUGAUGCCGGCGUGCACUGCGUGCUUCAGGGCCUGCAGAGCCCCUCCCGCAAGAUCCAGAAGCUGAGCCUCCAGAACUGCUGCCUGACGGGGGCCGGCUGCGGGGUCCUGUCCAGCACACUACGCUCCCUGCCCGCCCUGCAGGAGCUGCACCUCAGCGACAACCCCUUGGGGGACGCGGGCCUGCAGCUGCUCUGCGAGGGACUCCUGGACCCCCAGUGCCGCCUGGAAAAGCUGCAGCUGGAGUACUGCAACCUCUCGGCUGCCAGCUGCGAGCCCCUGGCCUCCGUGCUCAGGGCCAAGCCAGACUUCAAGGAGCUCACGGUUAGCAACAACGACAUCAAUGAGGCCGGCGUCCGCGUGCUGUGCCAGGGCCUGAAGGACUCCCCCUGCCAGCUGGAGGCGCUCAAGCUGGAGAGCUGCGGUGUCACGUCAGACAACUGCCGGGACCUGUGCAGUGUCGUGGUCUCCAAGGCCUCACUGCGGGAGCUGGCCCUGGGCAGCAACAAGCUGGGUGAUGGGGGCAUCGCAGAGCUGGGCCCAGGGCUGCUCCACCGCAGCUCCAGGCUCAGGACCCUGUGGAUCUGGGAGUGUGGCAUCACUGCCAAGGGCUGCGGGGAUCUGUGCCGUGUCCUCAGGGCCAAGGAGAGCCUGAAGGAGCUCAGCCUGGCCGGCAACGAGCUGGGGGAUGAGGGUGCCCGACUGCUGUGUGAGACCCUGCUGGAGCCUGGCUGCCGGCUGGAGUCGCUGUGGGUGAAGUCCUGCAGCUUCACAGCCGCCUGCUGCUCCCACUUCAGCUCGGUGCUGGCCCAGAAUAAGUUUCUCCUGGAGCUACAGAUAAGCAACAACAGGCUGGGGGAUGCGGGCGUGCGGGAGCUCUGCCAGGGCCUGGGCCAGCCUGGCUCUGUGCUGCGGGUGCUCUGGCUGGCCGACUGCGAUGUGAGUGACAGCAGCUGCAGCAGCCUUGCCGCAACCCUGUUGGCCAACCACAGCCUGCGCGAGCUGGACCUCAGCAACAACUGCCUGGGGGACGCGGGCGUCCUGCAGCUGGUGGAGAGCGUCCGGCAGCCGGGCUGCCUCCUGGAGCAGCUGGUGUAUGUGCACGCGCUGGGUGGGUGGUGCAGCCAGGGCUGCCCAGGGAGGAAGGCGGGGGUGGGGGAGGGCACGGGCCCAUGCCUCCCUUCUGGCCUGUGUGCAGCCUGUACGACAUUUACUGGUCUGAGGAGAUGGAGGACCGGCUGCAGGUCCUGGAGAAGGACAAGCCAUCCCUGAGGGUCAUCUCCUGAGGCGCUUCCUGCCGCUGCUCUCCCUGGACGACCGGUCUCGAGGCACCCCUGGGGCCCACCAGCCCCUGCCAUGCUCUCACCCUGCAUAUCCUAGGUUUGUUUGAAGAGAAACGCUCAGAUCCGCUUAUUUUUGCCAGUAUAUUUUGGACACUUUAUAAUCAUUAAAGCACUUUCUUGGCA